UUUUCUGAAUCGGUUCCGAGGUUGCUCGUCAGACUACCCACGAAUCAUUUGUAUAGCUGUAGAUAGCUGCGCGACACCAAGUACCGCAGCGAUACAGUCAGAACGCCUGCGCUAGUCGAGAGUUUUGGGAUAAAGGCCGAUUGCGCAGACCUAAUACGCAGUGACUGUAUGUACACGGAUAAAAAUCGUUUUGCGUAGUAAGUGCCCUAGCUGGUAUACUCGGGUAGCUUUAGGCGUGAAUUGCCAAUUUUAGACAGCGCCUAGAUGAAGCACGCGAUAACAUAUGCAGUGUUCGAACACCGCCACACCCAUAUAAAGCCCUUCCUCUCAACCACCACCUCAUCACUACAAAGUAUAAUCUAACCAUGUCUUCUGGAAUCGGCGUCAAUCCCGAGUGCCUCUCAAAGUACCAGGAGCUCAAGCUCGGCAAGAAAACCAAGUACAUCAUCUUCGCAAUCAACAAGGACAAGACGGAAAUUGUCGUGGAGAAGACUUCAGAGUCUUCAAACUACGACGAUUUCAUUGGUGAUCUCCCGGAGACGGAGUGCAGAUGGGCCAUAUACGACUUUGAGUUCGAGAAAGAGGGCGCGGGUAAACGAAACAAGAUUUGCUUCUUCUCCUGGUCCCCCGAUGAUGCGAAGAUCAAAGACAAGAUGUUGUUUGCGUCGUCCAAGGAUGCUCUGCGACGUGCUUUUGUCGGUAUCGCUGUAGAGAUCCAAGGAACUGAUUUUAGCGAGGUCGCACAUGAGAGCGUGCUGGACAAGGCCUCCCGUGGCGCCUAGCUUGCUUAUUUCUGCUGCCCCUGUUUUUUCGCUAUCCAUUUAAAUGCUGUAGUCCAUCACUUUAUCAUCAACCAAGAAGUGCAGGGGAAAUGUAGAUUACCAUAUCAAGUCGGACACUAUUCGUUGUUCGUAGGAUAUUAAGGAAACAGAUAUAUUCGAAGGACGGCCAAUCACUCAGCCUCGUAUGACAAGCCAAUGCCUAUUUUUUUAAUCGUAAAGGGGCCGGAUUUAAUCUCAGCAUACUGUCACUGUGGCCUGAACGAACUGAACUGUCUAUCAAUUUCGGCUGAAUUACUUAUUUAGUAGUAGCCUUGCACUUUCUAUCAAAUUUGAAGACACUAGGCGUUUUUACCUCUUACUCAUUCUAGACUUUGCUU